UGUGUAUUUACUAUCAAAAGUACCGUGAUAAAGGCUUAUAAAGCCGUACAAAUUUUUGUGAACAUUUCUAUAUCAUGUGUCACCGACGCGCGAAAAACUCGAGGAAUUUUUGGAGACAAUGGCGGCAGAUACAUACGGUGUUGUGAAGUCACUCCAUCUUGCUUCGGGCAUUGUCCUGGUAAUGACGUGACUCGUUAUCCCAAUCCCCUGAUCGUUUGACCAUCGUCAACAGAGGACUUCUCAAAAUUAAGGAUGACAGAGGAUAACCGGCCACGCAGAGAUACAGCCGAGUCUGUUCUAAAUGCAUCCAUCUACUCGCAACGAAGUUCGGUAACUCCACAAAGUAUCAAUAGGAUGUCUGUGGUCACCGAAGACGUGAUCGCUGGAGCUAGACUCAGGGGCAAAAUGUCUAGUGUCAGGAGAUGCUUCUGUCUUUUCGUCACCGUUGACGUCCUUCUUAUCGGCCUUGUAUGGCUCAUAUCUAUAAUGAUCACAGGAGAGAACAUCAAGAAGGCGGUCAUGGAAGAAGUUUGGCAUUACAGUAUCUAUGCGUCAAAAUUCGAUUACUUUAUGCUUGCGAUUUGUAGAUUCACGAUAUUGCUCCUCUUCUACGGAUUGCUGUACUUGGACAAUACAUAUGUCAUAGCUUUGACUUCUGCUACAACAAUUGCAUUCCUCAUUGCCAAAACGUGUGUUUAUGACUGGUCGCAUACUGCCCAGCCAAUGUCAAUUGUUCUGAUCCUGAGUUCCUUCCUGGUAGUUUGGAUCGAGGUCUGGUAUCUCGAUAAAGUCAUGUCUCAGGAAUGCCAAGCAAAAGAUUGGUUUCAAGCGUCCAUCAACUCUGAAAGAGCUCCCUUGCUUGGUCCAUAUCUCGAUGGAGUUUCCAAUUAUCCCGAAAGUACUGGUGUUUUUUAUACUCCCGAAGACUCGCCCGUUCAUUCCGACCAUGAGGACAACGACAGCAAGCCAUUUGUAACCCAAAGAACUGCCAGGCCAGGGGACCACAUAGUGGUGCCGAUCAUGCCAAAACUCACGCCACAAAAGGCUGACGAAUACAUGCUUAAGGCAACGGCAGCAUUGGAACGAGCUUAUGAACUUUUAACAUCUUCUGAUUGGGUUGUAGAUAAAGUGACCGAAGAAGGUGAUAUUAUUUCCACUUUAAGUUCAAGCUCUAUAAAAUCAAAAGAAAAGAUCCGGAGGAUAACGGGGGUUGUCGAUGCAACAGACAAAAGUCUUAUGCACAGGAUCUUCGAUGAAAUCGAUUCAAUGUGGAAGUGGUAUAAGCAUGUCGAAAUAUGUAAGAGGAUACAGGUUAUCGACGAAGAUACCGACAUUGUCUAUCAGUGUUCCGUGCCUUAUGCUGGUGGUGUCAUUUCCGCAAGAGAUUUUGUUAUGUUACGAAGGCGUGCAGAACGUGGACAUUUUCAGAUAACCGCUGGAAUCUCCAUAACGCAUCCCUCCAUUCCAAGCCGACCGAAUUUUGUCAGGGGAGAAAACGGUGUGACUUGUUGGGCAAUGGAAGACAUUGACGGUGUUGACGGUCCACAAUGUCGAUUCACUGCUAUAGUCAAUACUAAAUUGAAUGGAUGGAUCCCACGAAAAUUAACGGAUACAUCCAUGACGACUAUAAUGAUGGAGACUAUUUCUUUUUUGCGCUUGCAUUUGCGGACUAUGAAAAACGGAGAAGAAUAGAGAUAACGAUCGAGGAGAUUCCUUCUGCUACCUUUCUGACACUGAAAGUGUUUUUGCAGAAAGGCGAGUCAGACUGGGUCAAAUAUAGCAUUGCAUAUGCAGGUUCGGUGCAGUGAGACCUAGCUCCACGUUUACAUCGAAAUUCUAUUACUUCUUCCUCAGAAGAACUGCAAAAUAUUGUCGGGUUAUCGUCACGAAAGGGUUCUUAGUGCGUUCCAUAGAUCCUCGUUCGCAGUCUCUUCUCUACUUGAAAUAUCUUUAUGAAGAGAUAUUCGUGGAGGUGCCGUGUGAAAUUCGCUAAAUUGGUUUCCUGUAGAAAUCAGGGUGCUUUUCCUUAUGUUACAUGUUUUAUUUCUCCUUUAUCGAUAAUCAAUUGGGGGAUUGUCCAAGGCCCUAAAAAAAUGCAAUCGUCGUGAUUUUAGUCAAACCAAUCGAGAUAAUUAUAAUUAGCGGUAAGUUUGAUACGAUAUUUUAUGUUGGUCGUGUAAAAUGUUGUGCUCUAACGAUCGAAACUCAAAACCUAUUUAUCUUAUACUAAGGUAAUACUGUGAUAUAAUAACUCGUUUUAUAUUAGAGUUUACAGAAACAGAUUUAACGAAUUCCGUACGGCCGCUGUACAGUGCAUUUGGAUAAAAGCGAUAAAAACUGAUAUCAUGUUUAUACAUGUUAUACAGCGAAACGCCGUUCAAUGGUUGUAUCGCGAUUCUGUGAUUUUCCGUAAAAAGAGCUGUUAUCUAAUUUCAAACGCGUUCCGGUGCGUAUGAACACGCGUUUCAUAGCGGUAUAUUCUUUAUAAUAUGAUGGGCUUUUUGUGUCCCAAAAAGUAUAGUACAGAAAUCACCAUUAUUACUCCUUUAUUUUCUACUGUUAUAAGAGACCGUCGUACCGGGUCAAAUCGAACACGGGGCUUGACUCGACAUCUCGUUUAUGUAAAUAAUGUCAAUUAUCGGCUAAAAAUGAGGCCGAUUAUUAACGGUUACAUCAAUUUACAGACUCAAUAGAUUUAUCAUUGUUACCGUUGACAUCAGGUGUAGUACCGUUACGGAACGAAUUAUUCCUUGCAUUAUAUCGAUACAUGGUUUACGUAAUAUUUGUAUUCUCAAGCCAUCGUUGCAUUCUUGACAACAAAUCUAAGAAGUUUAUUAAAAUUUAUAUCUUAUAAACGUUCCAGACGUUUGAGAUUUAAAUUUUACUGUAA